AUGACCAAUUAUCGGAAGGCCUACCACGCGGGCUCUUGGUAUUCUAGCAAUGGCAGCGCGCUGAAGAACUCCAUAGACACCCUUUUCGAGAGCAUAAACUGCAAGAAGCAAAGCGUGAAAGCGGCCAUCUGCCCGCACGCUGGAUAUGAUUACGCGCUACAAACGAAUUCCCAUGUUUACGCCUGCAUCAGCGUAGAGAAUGUAAAGAACAUUUUCAUCCUUGGCCCCAACCACCACAUUUACAACAAAGGGUGUCUAUUCCCCCACGUGGAGAAGUACGAAACUCCGUUCGGCUUUCUACAAAUAAACAAGGAGGUUAUUUCGGACAUCAUGCAAAACGACGUGGACCACCUGUUCGACUUCAUCGGAGACGAGGACGACGAAGAAGAGCACUCCAUAGAGAUGCAGUUGCCGCUGAUCAAAUACAUAAUUAAGGAGUAAAUGAAGACAGCCACCUUCACUGCUUUGCAUUCCCCCCACCCGCAGAAAGGACAUAAAAAUAAUCCCCAUAUAUGCAACCCGAUAAAAAAAUACUUCCAAGACGAGGGAAACCUGUUUCUGUUUUCGUCUGACUUUUGUCACUACGGGCGAAGAUUCAGCUUCACCAACAUUUUACAAAAGUACAGCGACACGCACAUCUUCAAGCAAAACAUGGAUAGAGACGCCGCCAAUAUAAUCAGUCGUCACGACAUAGCAGGCUUCAUUGAUUACCUGAACAAAACGCAUAACACCAUAUGCGGGUCGAAUCCGAUAAAGAUGAUGCUUCAGCUGCUCCAAGACUUUUCCGGAAAUGUGUCCACCAAACUGAUGCACUACUCGCAGUCGAACCAAGCGAGGAGCACGAACGAUUCCUCCGUGUCCUACGCCGGAAUGGUCUCCUUUAUUAAUUAA